GCCAAUCAAUCGUUCUCCAGGUUUUACAAAUGCGUCAACAAGACAAUUAACAAACACGCCCCUUUAAGAAGUAUAUCCAAUCGUCAACAAAAAUUCCUUGCUAAACCAUGGCUGACUGCGGGUUUAAGAAAAUCAAUCAGGGUAAAGAAUAACCUCUUCUAUACCUCAGACCGUGACAAAUACAAAUUUUACAGAAAUAAAAUUAUCUAUCUUACGAGAUUAAGUAAAGCGAACUACUACCAAAGUUUCUUUGAUCUCAACAUAUGUAAUAUAUAUAUUUAGCCACAGCUAAAAGCGAAGCUCCUAUUGAUAAAUUUAUAACUUAAAUCAAACAAUAAUUUUGUAUUCCACAAAUCAGUUAACGUAAGGGCACAUUCAUGUGACUUUUGAGGGAAAAGCUAAGUGAUUUUGGAGUGAAACAAAUUUUGUGUCGAGUUGAUAUAGCCCUAUAUGUACACCCAAAAAAUAGUCUUCGGUCACAUUUAAGAGCAAUGAUGGCUCUUGAUCACAGUAGAUAAGGCGUGUAAAACAAAUUCUUGGAAAACAAAUCAGACCGAAUUUUUUGCGUUCGACAAGUUUACAAAUUCUUGCCAAUAAAUCUGGGUGCGGGCAAACCAAUCUUUUAUUUUUUUUUAUACACCACAUCUGAGGAGAAAGAGUACUAUGAGGCGCUGUUUUUAUCAUACAGACCUCGUACAAAAUGCAGUAUUUCACAAUUUUUCAAGACAAAUUGCAUUCAUUCAAUAUUCAGGACCAUAGAGGCACGCGUGGACUUUUAAUUAGCGAAACUGUUAAAAAAAUCUCUAAAAUCACCUAUAUGGCCAGCCGGUUCUAACUUUUGACAAGCGCCAAAUUUGCGAAGAAAUUUUAAAAGAGUUACGCUUCAACGUGAUAAAGAAUUUACUGAGUCUAUUUUUUAUUAACGGUUUUAUAACGAUGUGUAAUCUUAAAAAGCGUUUGAUACGCUUGGCAUUUUGAUUACUCCUGCGAGCGAUGUUUAUGAACGCCUGAAAACAAACGGCAAAGCGAUGAAAAUUACACUUUUGAGACUACCAAAAAUCAAUAAAGAAAAAUAAUUCGAUAGAACAUUUACAGAGACAACAAUUUUCAUUCACGAAAACAAAUGAGUAUUUAAGUGUGUCUAAGAAUCCUCAAGUCUUUACUAGUAAGCUUAAAGUUUAUGUUUUAAGCCGCCGGUUUCCCGGUGUUGGCUGUUUUCAAAGAUGAACUCACGAAAAGAAAAUCGUUCAAAGCUUUCUUUCUACAGCCAAAAUUAUAACUAAAUAUUCUUCGGAAAGUUUUUUCUUUCUAUUUAAGGUGAAUUAAUAUCGACUAAAGGCUUUUUACAGUCAAACCAGGUCAAGCGUUCCCGUCGCUAACAAACUAAUGAAUUCAUUAAUGGAAAAAUAAUUUCGUUUGUUGAUUCAAUAAUCCAUUCAUAAAAUGAAUAAUCCAACAGUCAAAUUGGACCUCGAUUCAAUAAUCAAAUGUCGAUUUGGUUUAUGAGCAAAAUCUACCUGUUCUUUAUUCUUGUCUGUUGUGUUCAAUCGUAUUUGCUUCCUUUUUCCUGCCGUUUACGAUUGCGUUUUUCAUUGCCUUUAAUCAAAAUAACAGCUAGAAUAGACAGACCGCAAACGCAAAGAAACUAUGAGAAACUGACAAAGGCCGAGGAUCGAAAUCCACCAAUCACCGCACAUACACUGACCUUAGUUUGACCGUUGUGUUUUCUAAGAGGUCAGGCCUGGGUCUGUUGCACUGAUUACUGGCAGCAAACUGGCGUACAUGUAACAGUUUGUUUGGGUUUGAACUUCAGAACUCGCCGGCACUCGACUCUCAGAAAAAAAAGAGGAAAAAACAAAAUUCUGAGGUCAACUUGUGGAAAGUGUAGUUUUUCAAAAAACAGUAAUCGAAUCAACAUUCGAUUAUGGAAUCGAGGCUAAAUAUGAAUAUUGGAUUGUUCAUUUUAUGAAUGGAUUAUUGAAUCAACAAACGAAAUCAUUUUUCCGUGAAUGAAUUCAUUAGUUCGUUAGCGACGGGAACGCUUGACCUGGUUUGACUGUAAAGUUCUGUAAGCUUAAGCUUAUAUCAAACCUCAUACGAGGUCAGAUCAGUGUCUCAGUCAAAUCUUAAUACAAACGUGCAUAAACUAGCUUCAUAAACUGCGCCGCUGGACGUCAUGAAAUUAGAUUUAAAUACAAUAAUUACUCAGGCUUACCAUAUGUCGAGAUGCAGCUCCUGAAAGCUGUCAAGUAAGGCAAGGAUCGCUUGAGCCUUUAUAAUUCUCGUACGCAUCCAGCAAGGUGAAAAACAAAAACGAUGCCAUCCGAAAUCGGAUUAUCGGCUUUGACAAGCAUUUUUCAACCAAAAACCCAAUAAACAAACCAGCCAUGAAUAAGAGAACACUCUUGAUAGCAGCUGUAUUUCACUUUGUACAUCCAGUGGAAAAAGACAGUUAAAAACAUCACAAGUUGACUCAAAACUCUGUCAGCUUCAGCUGUCAAAGUAAACAACUUUCAAGAUGCUGCAUAAAUUUUACGCAUGAACUCACCUGUCAAAUUUUAACCAAUCAGAGCAUAAAAAUUGGACGUGGAGCGUGACCAACACGUGCCCAUGGUAAGAAAAGGUCUUCCCCGCCUGUAUUUUAAUGCUGAAUUUUUGCGUCUGAAGUCAGUUUGAAAUCAAAAUCGUAAUAGUGCGGGGCGAUACUGACAAAAACACAACAUAUUUGAUAUGAAUUUAAAACAAAAGUAAACGUGAGCCUGCGAUCAUUUGGAAACGAGUAGAUUGUCAGCGGAUAACUUCAAAAAAAUACUCGACCUCGAUGGGUCGAAACCUGAGCCCGCGAUUCGGUCAGGUGAUAGUGGUCGGCGGAUACCCUGUUUUGACAGCUGUCAAUUGAUGACAACAUUGAUGUGCAAUCAGCUUUCUCCUGGGCUCCCAAAGUAGCUAGAAAGUGUGAGAGUAAACAUUGGUAUGCCUGUGGUGCGGACGGACGGUCGGUCGGUCGGUCACGUGGUUACCAAAUUUUCUGGGAUGGGUACAUUUCCUUAGCAAUGGGGCUCCGCCCACGCGCGCGCUUCAAACUUGGAAAGGAAUUAACGAGCUAAUUGGAAACUGUAAAAAGAAAAACAAGCGCCACUCAACUAACUCUAUUCGCUCGAACCCGAAUGAGGUUCCAACUAGUGACCCGAAGGAAAUAAGCAAUAUUCUUAACAAAUAUUUCGCCACUGUUGGGAGCAAACUGGCUUCUAAAAUUCCUCAGACCAUAAAUACAUUCUAUGAUUAUUUAGAUCCGCCACUUAAUCGCACUUUCUUCUUUGAUCCUAUUAUUCCGGAAGAUGUCAAUUUAGAAAUUUCAAUUUUGCAAGACAACAAGGCCCAUGGUCUCUACUCAUCUCCAGUUAGCUGCUGA